GGGAGCCCGUCUGCACACAGCUGGCGCUACGAUCAUCACAUCUCAGCUGAUCUGAGGCAGCUUUCACAGUCUCAACACGUUUUCUUCGUCUGUUCACGUCGGCACCAAGUUCUAAGGUUGAAGACUCAUAAAUAGCAUUUCCUGAGCUGAAGGUUGAACUUUGAUCAGCUGAAAUCACCCAGCUGUGGACUGAACAGCGCAGAGAAAUGAAGGAGCACUUGAUGAAAAUCCUGAUUGUUGGCGACGCGGCAGUAGGAAAAACGUCUUUUAUACAUCGAUACGUCAGCGGGAAGUUCAAGGAGACGUACAAGAUGUCGUUGGGAGUGGACUUUUUGAUGAAGGUGCUGCAGUGGUCAGACAAAGAGACAGUCAGACUGCAAAUGUGGGACAUUGCAGGCCAGGAGCGGUUCAUUCCCCUCAACAGGGUCUUUUAUAAAGCGGCGCUGGGCUGCGUUGUGAUGUUUGACGUCACCAACUCGUCCAGCUUCAUCAGGUGUCUCCAGCGGAAGCAGGACCUGGACAACAAGGCCACGCUGCCCAGCGGAGCUCCCAUCCCCUGCAUCCUGCUGGCCAACAAGUGUGACCUUCCUGAGCGGGUGGUGACAGCAGACAGCAUCGCCGAGUUCAGCAAGAACAACGGCUUCUUCGCCUGGAUGGAGACCUCAGUCAGAGACAACAGGAACGUUGAUGAAGCCAUGAGGAGGUUGGUGCAGGAGAUCCUGUCAGUUCAGGCCCGUGAGGACCAGCUGCUGUCCAGAAAGGAAAACAUCGUCGAUCUUCCGUCUGGCAACGCCACAAAGCGAUGGAGCUGCUGCUGACGACUUCCUCUGAUGACUCCAGCUCAGUCAUGACAACCAGUUCUCUCCUCAUCAGUUACAUUAUGCCUUCAGACAACCACCACCUGUAUGGACAUUCUUCACCAAAGAGUAGAAGACAGGUGAAGCUUGUUCGAGCACAGAUUUGAAGCACCCUUCAUGAAUUGACACCAUCCAUCCAUUUUCCACCGUUUAUCUGGGACCGGGUCGCGGGGGCAGCAGUCUAAGCAGGGAUGUCCAGAAUUCCUGUCCCCAGACACUUCCUCCAUCUCUUCCUCCAGGGGUUCCACUGGGUCCACUGGAGGUUCCCGACGCAUUCCCAGGCCAGAGACAGUCUCGGAAGCAUGUCCUCGGUCUUCCCCGGAGCCUCCUCCUGGUGGGACAUGCCCGAAGCCCCUCCCCAGGGAGGCAUCCUGAACAGAUGCCCGAGCCACCCCAGCUCGCUUAUCUCUAUGUGGACUCUCCUGGUCCUCACUCUGUCUCUAAGGGAGCACGCAGCCAGCCUAUGAAGGAAGCUCGUUUUGGCUGCUUCUAUUCGGGAUGUUGUCUUUUCGGUCAUGACCCAGAGCUCAUGACCAUAAGUGAGCGUGAGAACGUAGACUGACCCGUGAAUCAAGAGCUUUGCCUUUCGUCUCAGCUCUCUCUUCACCAUGAUGGACCGACACAAUGGACAGGAUCUGCAGUCGUCACUGCCUGUCUGUUCCAUCCUCCCCCCAAUAGUGAACAAGACCCUAGAUACCAGUGGGGAACCUGAACCCCAGUCUGACAAUCCAGAAGCACUGAGUCCGCCCACCAUGCGAUGUUACAGAGACAUGUCAACCAAGGCUGUCUCUGCACGUCCAGAGACUCCAGAUAGUCAGGGUGAAUCUCUACCACCCCCAAUGUCUUGCCACCGAGGGGCUUACCAACCACCUUGGUGACUUGAGCUUCGGCGGAGGAUGAGUUAAAAUAAACCAGAAGUUUAUUUUCUGUCAAACAGGAAGUAGUAGGCUAAACUAGUGAAGCAGCCUGACAUCUCAAAUGCUUGGACUGAGCACCUUCCAUGCUUCCUUGUGAGAGUAAAAAUGAAAAAAAAAAAAAAAAAAAAGGUUUGAAAAGUAGAUAUUUCACAG